AUGUUGGUGGCAGACAAAACCUUACGAAAAGACGAGAGAGAGAGAAAACAACAAGCUUACUGGAUAGAGCCGAGUCGUGUUAUGUUCGGUGAAUUUCCAGUCGACUCCUUUAAAUAUCGAACAACGAUGUUUGAGCAUUACUUUUUGUCACACUUUCACUCGGACCAUUACGGAGGAAUUACUAAAACAUGGAAACAUGGUAUCAUCGUUGGGACGGAA